AUGCCACGACAACCGCUAUCCCGUUCGAUAGCAGAUAAAUAUCAGCAUCUUGCCCUAGCGGAUCCCUCAUUUAUUAACCCUGGUACCAUCGAUGUUUUAUUAGGCGCAGACCUGUUUGCCCAAAUCCUAAAUGGAAAACGUGUGUCUGUAGGCGAUGCUUUUCCGACAGCAUUCGGAACGGUAUUUGGAUGGACGAUCAUCGGGCCGGUUUCAAAUUCAACUUCCAAUAUUUCUGAGUCUUGCCAUACAUCACUUACGACUUCUGUCGAAACGCUGCUAGAGAAGUUCUGGGCGCUCGAAGAACCCGACGCGGCACCAGAACAGUUUACGCAGGAGGGGCAGUGUGAAGCAAUAUUUCGUGACGGUUGUACCCGUGAUAGUUCUGGUCGAUUUUGUGUACCACUUUUGCUCCGUCAAGCCGUUUCUGGUGACACUUUUCGCGGCUCGCGUGCCGUAGCUGAGAAGCGAUUCGAGCAUUUAGAGAAGAAAUUGGCCAACAACCCUCGUCUUCGACAUUUAUAUUGCGAUUUCAUGUCCGAGUAUUUGAAGUUGGGACACAUGUCUCCAGCCAAGUCCGAUGGGGAUUAUUUUAUCCCGCACCAUGCCGUCUAUCGUCCUACAAAUACAAACCCGAAAAUACGCGUAGUGGUCGACGCUUCCGCGACAUCGUACUCGGGCUUUUCUUUGAAUGAUUGUUUGCUCCCAGGACCGAAAUUACAGCGCGAUGUUGUGGACGUCCUAUUAUUGUAUCGAGUUCACCGUUUUGCAUUCACAACCGAUAUAAGCAAAAUGUACCGUCAGGUAUCCGUAUCUCCGUCGCAUCGACGGUACCAACAUAUCUUAUGGAGAUCGUCGCCUGAACAAAUGUUGCAAGCCUAUGAACUCAAUACCGUGACUUACGGGGUCAACUGUGCCCCCUACCUCGCAAUCAAGGUGCUGCGGUCUAUGGCUGAGCAGGACUGUAAUGACCUUCCGUUUAUAAAAGAGGCAUUAUUGUAUCAGACAUACGUGGAUGAUAUCUGCGCAGGCGGUGACACGUUGGAUGAGGCCCUCUCCCUUCAAGAUGGUCUUAUUCAAGUUCUACAUGGUGCUGGCAUGGAGUUGAAAAAGUGGGCCGGUAAUGCGCCCGUCCUACUUGAUAAGAUCCCCUCCGAGGACAGAACGUGCGAACCACUGUCGCUCGAUGAUUCUACUGGCACAGGGACGAAGGUAUUGGGAUUACAAUGGUCUCAUCAAGAUGAUGCGUUUAUGUAUACUUUUCAACCCGAACGACACGUUUCCACGAAACGUGGUAUGUUGUCAUUGAUUGCGCGAAUGUUUGAUCCACUCGGACUCUUAUCGCCUGUCACCUUUUUCGCCAAAACAUUAAUGCAACGUGUGUGGAAAGCCGGGCUUUCAUGGGAUGAACAACUGCCUCUAGAUAUUGCGGAAGUCUGGCGCAGUUUUGUUGCCGAUUUGUCCAAUCUGCAAUGUGUCCGCAUCCCUCGAUUUUUAGGCACACGCCGAGACAUGCAGUGUUCAAUAUGUGGAUUUUGUGACGCAUCGUCAACCGGUUACGCCGCCGUGGUGUAUCUUAGAGUAAUUGAUUCAUCGGGCAACCCUAGUGUUUCGUUGCUUGGAGCACGAUCAAAAAUAGCACCAGUGAAGUCAACAACCAUUCCGCGUGCGCCUCAUUUUGGUGGGCUCUGGGAGGCAGCAGUUCGCUCAUCCAAAUCAUUGUUGAUGCGCAUUAUGAGGGAGCACACUCUCACCAUUGAAGAGUUUGGCACAGUACUGUGCAGGUGUGAAGCCAUUUUGAAUUCUCGGCCAAUCACUCCCGCUCCGUCCAAUCCCGCUGAGCUUGAGUGCCUAACUCCGGGGCACUUCUUAAUCGGCAAACCGUUACUUGCCGUCCCUGUAACGGCCAUUCCAAGCACAACCCGGUUAUUAGAGCAACGGUGGAAGCUGGUGAGUCAAUGCGUUCAAGCAUUCUGGCGCCGAUGGCGCAAUAAGUAUCUCCAGACUCUCCAAAUCCGUAGUCGGUGGACCAAUGAUUCUCCAAAUAUAUCUGUCGAUGAUAUGGUCGUCAUAAAGGACGCCCAUACUCCGCCGCUGAAAUGGCGUAUGGGGCGCGUAAUCGAGGUGUUAGCUGGCUCCGACAACGUCGUCCGAGUCGUGCGGCUCCGUACUGCUACUGGUAUCCUAACACGUCCGGUAGUAAAGGUGGUUAAGCUCAUUAACUAG